AGAAGGUGUACAAGAGUGCUUCCAAAGAAUCCAGCGACGCAUUAACUAGUGGCAAAGAUGCCACCAAAACUUCUCACCACCUCAAGAUCUCCCUCGCGGAAAUACUCACCCUCUACUACCCUUUAGCAGGACGCGUGAAAGAUGAUUAUACUGUUAGCUGUAACGAUAAAGGCGCCCUCUUCAUUGAAGCCAAAGUCAGCAGCCAGAUGUCUGACAUCCUUAAACAACCGGAAAAGGAUGUGAUCACGCAGCUGCUACCAUACAAAGCUCAUCAAAAGAUAGUUGGUGAUCCCGUCAAUCUGAGUGUGCAGGUCAAUUACUUUGCCUGCGGCGGCGUUGCAAUUGCAGUUGGGUUUAACCAUAGGAUUGCUGAUGCAACAGCCGCGGCAAACUUCGUUAAAAACUGGGCUAAGCUUGCUAAUCCCAAUAUCAAUGAGGAAAUCAAGAAUGUGAUAUUUGAUAGCACUUCUUUCUUCCCUCCGCAAGAUUUAGUAGAAUUAAGGAAGAGUAGUCUUUUCCAAGGUCAAUAUGCAUCGACGGACGCAAACGUUAUAUCAAAGAGGUUUACAUUUGAAGCUACUAAGAUAGCCGCUCUAAAAGAAGAGAUUGGUAAAAUCGCAGACUCAGUGGAUCGUCCAACACGUUUUGAGGCAGUGUCCGCAGUUAUGUUGAAUGCUAUAACCGCAAUGGCUAAAGAUCCAACACAUUUUGUGGGAUUGAUUCCAGUGAAUCUGAGAAACAGAAUGANAAAAAAAAAAAAAAAAAAGUUGGGAGGGAGGUACUCUUUUUUUUUUUAG